AUGUCAUCUAAAGGCGGUAGUUCAACAGAUUCAAAACGAGGCGCACCGGAAGUAAAGGCCAGCAAUGGAUCUUUAGGGCGACAAAAGUCAAAAGGGCGUCUAUUCAAAAGCGCCAAAUCAGGCCCAGUAGGAAAAUGGAAUUCUUUGAAGUCAGUAGGGUCAAAGAAAACAGGAAAAUCACUGCAAGCGACUCAAGGAAAUCAGGAAUCAAAGACGGAACCUGAGAGUGUGAUUGAUAUUGAAGUGGAAGACAUUACAGUCGAUGGUCCUGUGGACGUGAUAAAACACGUUGAGAAAGGCUCGUCUGAUGCAAACACAGAAGCAGAUAAUAUCAAAAAUAAUAAUUUAGAAAGGGAAAAACAAAAUCCUAACGUAGUUGUUGAGAUAGAAAAAGAUCAUUCUGAAGCAAAAUCAAGUGCAGAUAGUGUUAAACAAAAAGAAGACAAUUCAAAAAGCAAUGUACAGGAAUCUUCGAAAGACAAACCGCUGGCACCAAACGGGAUUUCACUAAUAUCAAAUGGAAUUCCUCCGAGAAAGGAAAACUCUUUUUUUCGUGAAAAAUCGACUUUAGCGCCACCUAAAACGCCAACAACGAAAAAAGAAAGACUAGAUACGCCAGACAGCAAGAAAUCGGUUUCGAGACGAGAAUCUUCGAAACUUUCGCUGGAUGGAGCGUCUCACGUUUCUGUUGAUGCAGCUCUACAAACAGCUGGAGUAGUGUACCCUACGGAAGACAAGCCCCAAAAAUCCGUGUUUUCAAACAAUGAUUCAUGGAUACGAUCAGCCAUUCCUUCACUUCCUCUUUGGUUUGCAAUCACUUGCCUCGUUUUCAACAUUUUAAUACCCGGAUCUGGUACAAUUCUCAGUGGUUGUUCUAUCCUGUGUUGCGGGAAGUCGAGAGUACAAGCCAAGGAUGAUCAAAUUACAGUCACUCUGUGUGUCAAUAUCAUGGUAGGCGUGGCACAACUGUUUACAGUCACUUUCCUGUUGGUUGGCUGGUUCUGGAGUCUGGCCUGGGGUCUCACAAUGGUCUCUGUCGCAGUCGAGUCCCGUUACCAGAAGAAGCAGCAGAGAGAGCGAGAACUACAAGCAUUAGCACUCAGUGCGUUCGGCUCUCCAUCUCGGGUGCGGUCGUUGUUCUCCGGUGGUGUUUAA